AUGAGUAAACCAGCCUGCAUGUUGGUAAUUCUUCUGCUCAUUCUCCAAUCCUCAUUUUCUACUAAGGCCGACUAUGUGCCUGAUCCAAGCAUCAAGUGUGGGGAAUGCCCUUGUGUGAGUCCAUGCAGCCCCCCGCCACCGUCACUGCCACUGCCACCACCAACGAUGGUCUAUGUUAGCCCACCACCACCACAGUUUGUAUACGAGACGGGGCUGACUCCACCACCUCCACCAGGGUUCGUUUAUGAGACGGGGCCUCCUGGCAACGUGUAUCCGUCUGAUAAUCCAUUUGAUUUGGCUAUAUACUCUAAUUCUGCACAUACUAAUUCUCUUAUGAUCGGGAUAUUGUUUCUUACGGUAGUGGUGGUCUCAACCCUUCAACUGCUAGUGUAUUGGUGA